GGGUGGCCGCCUGGGCCGAGGGGCUCCUGGGCUGCUCAGGCCCUGGGUGAGGAGGCUCAGCUGCUCUCCGCAGACUUGCUGCUGGGUUGGGGUUGCCAGAAAGGGCCCCGCCCCACCCCUCCCUACCUGGCUCAGGGCUCAGGAAUGGUGUGCCCGGAAACUCAGGAGACCUGUGCCGACCUGAAAUAAGGGCCAGGGCGCCCGCCAGGUGCCAGGCGGAAGGCCUGGGACCUUCAAGCAAACCGGCGCAGACCGCCCUUCCUUCCUCUGUCCCGCACUGCCCCCCACAACACGUGCAGCCCCCCUGCUCGCCCUGCACUCUAGAAGGGGCCGUCCUUCAGUCCACUCUGGAUCCCCAGGGAGCCAAGGCCAAGGGCAGGGCAGCCCUCUCCUCUCAUCAGCUGGACAGCAGGAGGCUUCCAAGGCUGCUGGCGGCCAGGCUCUGAGCUGCUGCGGGCGAGGCGGGGGCAGCAGACAUGGCCUUUGUCCUCGAUGUCUCUGAGACCCCAGAGGACCAGGGCAGCUGGGAGCCCAGCCCCGACGAUGAGAGCGAGGUGCACCACUCCUUCCACCAGCUGAUCCGGGAGCAGAGCCAGAGGGCGGCCGAGGAGGGGCUGGAGCUGCAGCCCCUGGGCCUGGGGGCCGGGACCCUGGGGGCCGAGACCCUGGGGGCCGCAGGCAGUGACCGCCAGGCCCUCCUGGGGCCCGAGGACGCAGCUGUCCACAGUGCAGCCACGCUCCGCAUCUUGGCCAGCAUGCCCAGUCGCACCAUUGGCCGCAGCCAUGGCGCCAUCAUCUCCCAGUUCUACAAUCGCACCGUGCAGCUGCGGCGCCGGGCCAGCCGGCCGCCGCUCGGCGACCUGGGGCACUCGGCCCGGCCCAGCCUCCGCCUGUACGACCUGGAGCUGGACUCUACGGCCCUUGAGGAGGAGGAGAAGCGGGCCCUCCUGGUGAAGGAGCUGCAGGGCCUGACUCUGGCCCAGCGGGACCACAUGCUCCGGGGCAUGCCCCUUGGCCUGGCUGAGAAACGCCGCCUGCGAGAGGAGACCCGGACCCCGAGGGGCAAGCAGCGGGGCCGUCCCAGGUUCCCUUCCUGCUGCAGCCGGUUCCCAUACGCCCGAGUCCCGGCCUUGCACCACCUGGGGCCCGGGCUGCUGCUGGGGCUCCGCGGCCUGGCGCCCUGGCACUAUACCCUGAAGCAGAUCGGGGGCCAGUUCGGCUCCAGCGCGCUGUCCUACUUCCUGUUCCUCAAGACCCUGCUGGCCUUCAACGUGCUGCUGCUGCUCCCCCUGCUGGCCUUCGUGGUCGGCGUGCAGGCCGCCUUCCCGCCUGCGCCCCGGGGCCCCGUCCCCACCUUCACCGGCCUGGAGCUUCUCACUGGUGGGGGCCGCUUCACUGACACCGUCAUGUACUACGGCUACUACAGUAAUGUUACCCUGAACCGGCCAUGCGCCAGCCAACGGGAUGGCGACCAGUGCGCCCCUGAGGCAGCCAGCCUGCCCUACAGCAUGCCCCUGGCCUACCUCUUCACUGUGGGUGCCGCCUUCUUUAUCACCUGCAUCACCCUGGUGUACAGCAUGUCCCGCUCCUUCGGGGAGAGCUACCGAGUCGGCAGUGCCUCCGGGGCCCAUGCCGUCACUGUCUUCUGCUCCUGGGACCACAAGGUGACUCAGAGAAGGGCCUCCCGCCUGCAACAUGACAACAUCCGGACGCAGCUGAAGGAGCUGCUGGCUGAGUGGCAGCUGCAGCGCCGCCCCAGGGGCCUGUGUGGACGGCUGCGCCGGGCGGCUGUGCUGGCGCUCGCGUGGCUGCUGUGUCUGGGGACCACGCUCGGGUGCACCGUGGCCGUUUACGCCUUCUCUGAGUUCACGAUCAAGAGCCCAGUGUCUGCAGAGCGAGAGGGGGCGCUGCUGGGCCUGCCCUUCGUGGUCGGCCUCCUGAACCUGGCGGCGCCCUACCUGUACCGGGGGCUGGCCGUCCUGGAGCGGCAGGACUCCCCUGUGAUGGAGGUGUACGUGGCCAUCUGCAGGAACCUCAUCCUCAAGAUGGUCGUCUUGGGGAUUCUUUGCUACCACUGGCUGGGCCGCAGGGUGGGCGCCCUGAAGGACCAGUGCUGGGAGAACUUCGUGGGCCAAGAGCUGUACCGCCUCGUGGUGACAGACUUCCUCUUCACGCUGCUGGACACGCUCUUCGGGGAGCUGGUGUGGAGGCUCAUCUCUGAGAAGCAGCUCAGGAGGGGAAAGCCUGAGUUUGACAUUGCCCGGAACGUUCUGGAGCUGAUCUACGGGCAGACCCUGACCUGGCUGGGGGUCCUCUUCUCGCCCCUCCUGCCCGCAGUGCAGGUCAUCAAGCUGUUGCUGCUCUUCUAUGUCAAGAAGUGGGGACAGUAUCCCUGGGGGACAGCCGGAGAUGGCGUUCAUAAAACGCUGGCCCAGCAGACCUUGGAUCCGUGGAGGUGGCUGCAUACAAGUGACCCCAGACAAGCCGUCCCCACGUGCCUCGGUCUCCCCUCUGUAAAUGGGGUGUGGCUGGUGCUUCCUGAGCCUUGGGCUGAGAUUCGAGUGUUUGCCUCUCUGUUGCCCGCCCUGUCCUGGGGUCCCACUCAGGCCUCACCACUCUUCCCUUGGGGGUCCUGGGGAAAGGAGUGUGGCUGGGUGGUGGCAGAACGCAGCCUUUGUCCCCAGACCAGCCUGAUGGCCAACUGCCAGGCACCCCGCAGGCCCUGGCUGGCGUCUCACAUGAGCACCGUCUUCAUCUCGCUGCUCUGCUUCCCCUCCUUCCUGGGCGCUGCCAUCUUCCUCUGCUACGCCACCUGGCAGGUGAAGCCCUCGGACCUCUGCGGGCCCUUCCGGACCCUGGAUACCAUGUAUGAGGCCGGCAAGGUGUGGGUGCACCGCCUGGAGAGGGCAGGCCCCAGGGUCUCCUGGCUGUCCUGGGUCCACCGGUACCUGGUGGAAAACACCUUCCCUGUCUACCUGGUGUCGGCCCUGCUGCUGGCCAUGAUCUACCUCAACAUCCAGGUGGUGAAGGGCCAGCGGAAGGUCAUCAGCCUCCUCAAGGAGCAGAUCAGCAACGAGGGGGAGGACAAAAUCUUCUUAAUCAACAAGAUUCACUCUGUCUGCGAGAGGAAGGACAGGAGCAGGGCUGGUAGGACCCAGGCAGCUGCGACACCCCCGGCCAUGGAUGCAGACAAUUGGGACCCCUGGCAGGACAGCUCGGGGCCCAGCAGCCCUGCCUCUGCUCACGGUCUCGGCUCGGUUCCCACAGCUCUGCAGACGCAGACCCCAACCUGAGACUGUGCUGGCUUCUCUGGUGACCCUGCUGGGACAUCACGGGCCAGGUGACAGGACUCUGCAGCCUGUCCAAGGCUGGAGUCAGAGAGUCCACAGUGGGGCUGGGGUGCCCCCAGGGGACCGCACCCUGCCUGGUACUCUAUUUAUUCUGAUUAAACAUGUUUUGCAAAAUGG